CACUAGUCCGCGCCAUCUGCACAAGGCCCCACAGAGUUUCUUUAAUUUAUUUUUUCCCAAAAGACAUGGUCUCGAAGAUGGCUACAAAAAUGAAGCCGGUUGAUAAUUCAGUCAACGAGAGACGUUUGCGGCCAAUUUACGAUUGGCUGGAUAAUGGAAACAACAAGAAGGCUCUGCAGGAGGCGGAAAAGGUCUUGAAGAAGCAGCCAAACCUACAAUGUGCCAGGGUUCUCAAGGCCCUGGCCAUGGUGAGGCUAGGGAAAUCAGAGGAGGCCCAGACCAUCUUGCAGGAGGUGCAAUUGGAGGAGCCUUGCGAAGAUGCCACACUUCAAGCCAUGGCCAUUUGCUAUCGGGAAACUCACAGACCUGAACUGACGUGCCAGAUUUAUGAAGCGGCAGUCAGGAAAGACCCUUUGAACGAGGAAUUUCUGUCCCAUCUCUUCAUGGGCUAUGUUCGCAUUGGUGACUACCGAAAGCAGCAGCUGACAGCCAUGGCCCUCUUCAAAGUCAAGCCCAAAAACCCAUACUAUUUUUGGGCUGUCAUGAGUAUCCUUAUGCAAGCCUACGUCAACGACGAUACCGUAUGCCUUACGAUAACGUUGCCGUUGGCCGAAAGAAUGAUCAAAAAGUUUGUGGAAGAGAAGAAGAUUGAAGCAGAAGCUGAAGUGCAAUUGUACUUGAUGGUUCUGGAGAAACAGAAAAAAUACCAGGAGGCCUUACAAGUGCUGCAAGGAUCGCUAUCGGAAAAGCUGGCGAAUGGCAUGAUUGAAAACAAAAAGGGCGAAUAUCUUAGGCAAAUGAAACGCUGGGAUCAGAUGUUGGAUUACACCGAGGAACUUUUGCGUUCAAACCCGGACCAGUGGAGCUAUUACAGCCUUUACAUGGAAGCCUUGUUUGAGUUGACCAGCACUACCAACGCCGAUGUGAUUGGCCGAGCGAAAACCUUCCUCCUCUCUUUGAUGGAGCAAGAAAGACUCAAGUCAGAAAACAAGUUGCGGGGCCCUUAUUUGGCGAUGCUCUUUUUCUGGCAGCAACUCCAACAACGAAACUUUGACGCUUCCACCGUUUUCGGCAAUUUCAGGGAAUUUGCCCAAGAAUACGUGGAAGUAAUGGGAGACAAACCUUGCGCUUUCCAAGAUCUUCGGCCGUUCGUCAGCAGUUUGCCGGCCGAACAGGUGAACGAAUUUCUUGGUUGUGUUACCCAAUCCGUUGGCUUGGAUCAAUCAAGUUCCCAAUCUCCUACUACGGUGAAGCAAAUAUGCCGGCACUUGUUGCACAUCCAGUUGAAUAGGUUCCUCGGUCAACAUGAUCUGUUGAAUAAAGAAGAAAAAAUUGAGCUCUCUCAGAAAUUGUGGGGCCAUUAUUUGCAAACGAAAUCUCUGAAUGCUGGUCUGUUGGCAACGGAUUUUAGACCGAACGAUGGCUAUGCCUUGUUGGCUGCCCACCUUUUGUUAGAUACGUGGAAUAACGAUCCCGUUGUUCUCGACAAGUGCCUGUUAUUGCUGGAAACGGCCCUAGCCAACAGUCCAGCUAAUUACCACCUAAAGUUGCUCGUCACCAGAGUAUAUACACUAGCUGGUCACGGCCGUGCAGCCUUCCAGCGUUACGAAUCGUUGGAUGUUAAAUACAUUCAAUUGGAUUCGCUUGGCCAUUUGCUCUGCCGUCCACUGAUUUCGAUGGGAUUGCCGUACACAGCUUCGCCACUACUCUCCAACACGUUACGUUUUUACACCACGCACGCAAGAGAAACAUCCGAGUGUUUAAUUUCGGCCUAUAAAUUUGGCUCUUUCGGGAAGAUUCCCGAGUUUACUCAAUUCUGCCAACGGCUGGAUAGCUCUGCUCACUUUGCCUCGUCCACGACCGAGCGCAUGCUGCUGGAUCUGCUUCUGGACGGCAACUCCCAUACGAAAUUAGUUCAAUCUGCGGCAGGUAUGUUUGCCGAUCCCGACAAAGAUCAGCCAGAUUGGAAAACGUGUGUCGAUAAUCGUGACUGCGGCGUCUUUGUAUCUUGGGAUCCACCUGCCAAGAAUUCUCGCGAAGAUAUGGUCAAGACAACAUUUAAAGAUGAGGUGAAAUUUGCGCAACUGCGAAAUCGACUCGUCCACUCACUCAUUGCCACGGUUUCGCUUUCGCCCAGCUGGCAGAGCCAAGUGCCAGAAACGAAAAAUCGAACGGACAACUCGGUCAAUGGUCAGACAGUUGAGGAGCCGACCAAUCAAAUUGUUUUACAGCGACUUCUCAGUGAAAUUCGCCAUUUGCUAACUGAAUUGAAAUCAGAGACUUUUAUGAGCCAUAAUCAGUUUUCAGUACAAAGUCCUCCUCCUCCCAGGCUUUAUACGUACGUGGAAAACGGCGCUCUUGAACCGCUUUUGAUCCUGAUGGAUGUCGUUGCCAAAGGUCAGUAUGUCAUUGGCAGCGAUGACAUCCUGGGAUUUGAACGCGCUCUUAGUCAAGUUAUCGAGUCUGCUCAACUCUGCGUCCCUAGCGAAGGUUUCUGGAGGAAUUACAUCAGACUCGAGCGAGUUUACAACGCCGUCGAGACGCUUUGUUUGUGUGUGUUGAUCGUCUCCACGAUGCACGCGAUAAUCAAGACCAGCAACGCCUUGAUCAAGAAGAAAAAGAAGAAGGGAGAAGCCAAGAAUGACGAUGCAAAUAGCGGGGUGGAGCAGUUUUCCACACUGGUACGCUGUAUGACGUCGAGCAUUGGCAAAAUGGAAGUGCUCUUUGAAGAAUUGAAUGUCCAAGUCUUCUUCAGCCAGAUGAAGCUAACGGAUUCGGAAAUCGCCCAAGGAGCAGAGGCCAUCACGGCUGAAAUACAAAAGAAACUGAGUCAAUCUCCCGUGUCGGAAAUGAAAAGUCUUUUGGCGGACAAGUUGAAAUUAUUAGAGACCUGCAAGUUGUAAUACAAAAUAAAAUCGUCACUGCAGCUACUCUCAAAAUAUAUUGUCUUGUUUGCUCAUGUUAA